AUGCCCUCAUCUGCGACUGGCGUCGUCGACGCCUUCAAGAACCUCAUUCGACAUGGAAAACAUCAUCACCACCACCAGCAGGCUCGAAACGACGAAACUUCAGCCCCAGGAUCACAACGUGCUCCUACCCAACAUGACCAGCAACAUAAAGUACCCGAAAAACGUCAUAUAGAAAAAGAGAACGCUGAAGUAGCACACCGGGAGGCAGCCCAGAUUAUUGUUCAGGAAGAACGAGAGGCAAAGGCUCAAAUGCCCACAUACAAGGGUCUUGAGAACUUCCAGCUCAUCGAAAAGAUGGGAGAUGGUGCCUUUUCAAACGUAUACAAGGCCAUCGACUUGACGACGCAGAAGAACGUAGCUGUGAAAGUGGUCAGAAAAUAUGAGCUUACCGCGUCUCAGGAUGGAGAUAAGCAUCUCAACCCGAAAUUCAAGAAGAAGCCUCGCGUAACAGAGGUGCCGUUGUUCAAUCUCUUCUGUCGCGCAAACAUCCUCAAAGAGGUCCAAAUCAUGCGCGGGACACACCAUCCUGCUAUCGUCAAGCUCGUGUCUUUCUCUGAAUCGCCUGAACACUAUUUUCUUGUCCUUGAACUGAUGGAGGGUGGCGAACUUUUCCACCAAAUCGUCAAAUUAACCUACUUUUCCGAAAAUCUGUCACGGCACGUUAUCUUGCAAGUUGCUCAGGGUAUUCGGUAUCUGCACGAAGAACGUGGUGUUGUCCACCGUGACAUUAAGCCAGAAAAUCUACUGUUCGAACGAAUUCCGAUAAUACCUUCGAAGCAACCAGUUCACCGGCCUUAUGAUGAGGAGAAAGAAGACGAGGGCGAAUUCAUACCUGGCGUAGGCGGUGGCGGCAUCGGUAGAGUCAAAAUUGCUGAUUUCGGUCUAAGCAAAGUUGUUUGGAACGAAGAGACGAUGACGCCUUGCGGUACAGUUGGUUAUACUGCGCCGGAGAUCGUUAAAGAUGAAAGAUACAGCAAAAGCGUUGACAUGUGGGCUUUGGGAUGUGUUUUGUACACGCUAUUGUGCGGAUUUCCUCCCUUCUACGACGAGAGCAUCGGUGUCUUGACAGAAAAGGUCGCACGAGGGUAUUACACUUUUUUGAGUCCGUGGUGGGAUGAUAUCAGCGCCAGCGCCAAAGAUCUUAUUCAACAUCUGCUCUGCGUUGAUCCCGCGCAACGUUAUACCAUUGACGAAUUUCUUGCCCAUCCUUGGUGUAACGCUGCUCCUGCACCACCACCACCUCCCACGCCAUUCAUUUAUAACAAUCCUCCUUUAUCGGCACCGCUCGACUCUCCAUUAUUAUCAGCCGCUCGCGGAGGCCGCGUUGAAGGUCGCAGUCCCGGCCUAGCUACCCUUAAAGAGGCCUUCGACAUCACUUACGCCGUACAUCGCAUGGAAGAAGAAGGAGCUCGCCGGCGGAAGUACAAGGGUCGAGGUGGAGCAGGCGCACGUGGAUUCUUGCAGGGACUUAACGAAAACGAUGAGGAAGAAGAGGAAGAAGAGGAAGAUAUUCAGCGUAUCAAGGCGUCAUCUUCCGUAGCGACUGACAACGCGCAACGCGCUAGCAAUGUUUCCGCUGCUGUGUCGACGUCUCCAAGCUCAAAAACACGACGGGCAGGACCCGGAAUAUUUGAGCUUGAUAUGGAUAGCGCGACAUUGUUGGGGCGGAGACAUAAACGAGUCCCCGGUGCGAGUAGUCCGCUGGCUGGUAAACCCUUCAACAAUGCGUCUUUACGGCAAGACGCAAUCGUGGACCCUGGAAGCCCCAUGCGCGUUUGA